GGGGGAGAGCGGUGUUAUGAGCCAUGAAACCUUGGAAAUACACUUUUCCCAAAAGGUUUCCACAAUUUUGGCCACUAGUGUAGAUGCCUUAAUAUUUUACAUUAGGAAGACGGGAAAGCACCUGACAGGUCAGACUAUCUGUACAUCUGGCCCAGUAUUUUUUAACUACAGUAGCUGGCAGCCGGCACUCCUCAGUCUUUCCCAUCACCAUCUGAUGGUUUUGGCCUGAGAUGCUGAUGCUUGAACCAGGGACUCUUUGCAUGGAAGGCAUAUGUGCUAUUACUACUGAGUUACAGCGUCUCCCUUGUGCUCUCUUGGGGGGGGGGGAAUGCACUAGGAAAUAAUUAAGGAGCCCCUACUCCCAGCUGUUAUUUAAAAAGGGGGGAUGGGACAGAUGAAGAUGUAUUUAAUAUAUCUACUUUGGUCCCCAGUGGUAACUAGAAUAUAUUGGCUCCAUCUAAAUGUACACUUUCUGGCUGGUGCUUGCAAUUAAUUAAGCCAAUAAUGAUUGGUCAUUGACAUUAUGUUCCCUAAUGAUUAUCCCCAAAUGACCACACAGAAAUCAUAGAAUCGUAUCAUUGUAGAGUUGGAAGGGAUCCCAAGGGUCAUCUAGUCCAACCCCCUGCAAUGCAGCGCUCACCCUGUUGGGGAAACAUAUUUUAAUUUUAGAUGUGGAUUCAUUGAACUAAUUAUUUUAUACUUUUCAGAAUAAAAGUAAAAAAACUGAUGGACACUGAGGAUGAAAUUGCCAUUGUGGGGAUCGGAUGCAAUUUUCCUGGAGGUGAAGGAAUUGAUAAUUUCUGGCGAGUUCUAGCAGAAGGCAGAAACUGUGUUGUAGAAAUACCUCCGGAAAGAUUUGAAACCAAAAGCUGGUAUGAUCCAGACAGUCUCAAACCAGGAAAGACGAGCACAAGACAUGCCGCUUUUACCGAAGAGUUUAAUGCAUUUGACAACAGACUUUUUGGAAUUAAUGAUGUGGAAGCUGAGCGUAUGGAUCCCCAGCAGAAAUUACUCCUGGAAUGCACAUAUAGAGCACUGGAAGAUGCAGGAGUCCCUAGAGAAAACAUAAGUGGUUCAAAAACAGGGGUUUUUGUUGGUAUGAUGAAUCAAGACUACAGGCUAAUGAGUAGCAGAAACCCCACUGAAGCAAGCCACUACGAUGGCACUGGGACAGCAAUGAGCAUAGCUGCUAACCGGAUUUCAUAUACAUUUAAUCUGACUGGGCCAUCGGUUGCCAUCGACACGGCUUGCUCCUCAUUUGCUUAUGCUUUGCACUUUGCUUUGCAUGCAAUUAAACAAGGAGACUGCGAAGCUGCUCUUUGUGGAGGAGUGAGCUGCAUAAUGGAACCACAGGUCUUCGUCGCUCUUAGUAAAGCAAAGAUGCUAUCCCCUGAAGGAGUCAGCAAACCCUUUUCUAUAAAGGCCGAUGGCUAUGGAAGGGGAGAAGGUUGUGGAGUUCUUUUGCUGAAACCAUUAAAGAAGGCGCAGGAAGACUUCAGCAAAAUAUGGGGUGUCAUCAGUGUGAGUGCAGUCAACCAGAAUGGAAGAUCCGUCACACCGAUCACCAGACCAUCUCAAGAGGAACAGGAGAAGUUGCUGCUCAGCAUCUACCCAGAUCGUGUUGAUCCAUCUGUUGUGCAAUAUAUUGAAGCACAUGGCACAGGGACACCUGCAGGAGAUCCUGUUGAGGCAGAGAGCUUAGGUAAUGUCAUUGGUAAAAAGAGGUCUCCUAAUCUGCCCCCUCUCAAGAUUGGCUCCGUUAAAGGGAAUAUUGGGCACACAGAGUCAGCUGCUGGGGCAGCAGGCUUAAUCAAAGUUCUUCUCAUGAUGCACCAUGGGAAGAUAGUCCCAUCCUUGCACUUUUCAGAGAGCACCAGCAGCAUAAAUACAGGGAAACUGAAUCUCUCCAUCCCAACAACAGUGGAGAAGUGGGAUGAGUCUGCUGAAUAUGGCAGAGUUGCUGGGAUCAACUGUUUUGGAUUUGGGGGCACCAAUGCCCAUGUGGUUGUCAGACAGUUUAAACAAACGCAGGUUAUUUCUCCAGUCCAAAGGCCUGUCGAAUUAUUUGUCAUUUCGGCAGCUUCAGGAAAUUCUCUCAAACAGGCAAUGGAAGACACAGCUAGGUACCUGAAUACCAGUGAAUCAGCGACACUCCCAAAUCUGGCCUACACAUCUGCUUGUAGAAGAAGCCAUAUAAACUACAAGUACAGAAAAGCAUUUGUGGCAUCUUCACUACAGAAACUAGAGCAACAGCUUUCCCCUGCGGUUGAACUGGAAACAGCUCCGCUGAAGAAACCGCCACAAUUAAUUUUUGUAUUCUCUGGUAACGGUCUGGAUCUGAAAGGGAUACCUGAGAUAUUGCUAAGGACUGAGCCAGUGUUUAGAGACAAAUGCAAAGAAAUAGAAAGGCUGUUUCUAGAACACCUUCCCACAGGAAUCCUAAAAUCAAAAGAAAAUGAAUACAAAGAUUUGUCCAGGCCUGAAGUUGCCCAGCCCUUACUCUUUACACUGCAGGUGGCCUUGGUUACACUCCUGCAACACUGGGGCGUUAAGCCAGUUGCUGCUGUUGGCCAUUCAGUUGGCGAAGUAGCUGCUGCCCAUUGUGCUGGCUUGAUUUCCCUGGAAGAUGCUGUCAAAGUCAUCUACCACAGGAGCAGGCUGCAGGCUAAAGUCACUGGAGGCAGAAUGCUGGUGGUUGGCAACAUUCCCAUUGCAGAAGUGUCAGCAGCCCUUGGAGCAUAUUCAGGGAAAGUCUGCGUUGCAGCGUUUAACAGUCCUUUGUCUUGCACAUUAUCAGGAGAUGAAGCGUCUAUCCACGCCAUUCAGAAAGAUCUGGCUGAGCACUUCAGUAAAAGAAACAUAUUUCUUCAUGUUUUAAAUGUGCCAGCUGCAUAUCACAGCCACAUGAUGGAUCCAGUACUAACUGAGAUAGCAGAAAAUCUAUCAGAAUUAAAGAAAGGGAAGCCAGAGAUUGACCUAAUUUCGACAGCAACAGGGAAGGCCGUUUCAGAUGGUGAUUUUGUUACAGGCACCUACUGGGCCAGACAGGUUCGGGAUCCUGUUUUGUUUGCAGAGGCUAUAACAACUGCAGCAAAAAGCAGAGAUGAUCCUGUAUUUGUGGAAAUUGGUCCCCAGCGUGCACUGAAAAGAUAUAUUAUUGAAGCAUUAGGGACACAAGCUAAAGUUUUUCCUUCCUUGCACCUUGACAAAGAAUAUAUGACACUUCUCACACUUGUUAAAGGCCUUUUUGAAUUGGGAGUCAAUCCAGAUUGGGAGCACAUCUAUGCAGGAUAUCAGGGUGUACCAGCAGCCUACCCCAGGUAUCAAUUUGAUCAUAAGAAGCUCAUGUCAUUUUUAAACAUGCUCCAGCAGCCAACUCAAACCAAGCUGAACACAAACCACCUGUCAAUUCAUAAUGUCAGCAACGGCAGUUCAGAAUUCAAGUAUUCCAUAUCUCAGACAGUGACUCCCUAUUUGUACGAGCACAAGCUCAAUGGUGUUGCUCUGGUUCCUGGUGCCUUUUUUGUUGAACUUGCUUUGUCAGCUGUGAUGGCUAGCUCAGGAAGAAAGGAGCCCUUAAGUUUGUGUCAGAUGAGCAUGAAGUUUGAAUCGCCUUGUGUUUUAAGUGAAAAUUCUCAUGAUUUGAAGCUAAAAGUGGUAUCACAAAAGGAAAGGAAAGAUUUCAAAAUACUAUCCUCAUCUGGUGCGGUAUAUGCAUCUGGACAGAUCAUAUGGAACCAAGAAACCUUUCUUGAAGAAAAUAACAUUUCAUAUAGGCAUGUUUUUCAGCGGUGUAAAUCAAUUGUCAGAAAGGAUGAAAUAUACGAAGCAUUAUCUCGUUUUGGAUUUCAGUAUGGUUCAGUAUUCAAGCAGCUAAGUGAUGUGUUUUAUUUUGAAGAGCUGAAGGAAGCCAUAACCACCAUUAAGGUGAACAAGCAAACCAGGGAAGAACUGCACAAGUAUUUUAUUCAUCCAGUGAUAUUAGACUGCUUUCUACAAAUGAUUGGUGUGAUGACCGCAAAAACCAGGAACAACUGUACAGGGUUUCCUUCCAACAUAAGCAGCCUUGUAAUUGUCCGACCUUUGGAAGAGGAAAUGAUGAUAUAUCUGAAAACAAGUAAGUCUACUGAGAACUAUUUAGAAUUUUGUGGAUGCUUCACAGAUAAACAAGGCUCUGUUUUGGUUGAGAUUAAACGUGUUGGGUUCACUCUUCUGAAGAGAACGUCCAAUAGUGAUGAUGCUUUCCUUUUUGAAAAUCAGUGGAAAGAGGUAACCCCUUCCCACAUUAUCCAAACCUCAGGAGAUGCACCCAGAGCUGCAGUGUUUGCUGACAAAAUUGGAGUUUCUCAGCAGCUCAAAAAAUAUUUACAUAAAGAUUCUAGGUUUUUGAUGUAUGAAGACUGGGAGCGAUUACUGGUGUCAGGAAGUGCAAAUUCAGCUGCUCAGGACAAAAUUAGGCUAGAGGUACAUGACUACAAUGAUGUUUUGUUUAUGUGGGGAAUUCAAAGAUCAAAUGGAGAAAAUCCUGAGAGUGUUGUUGCAAGCUUAUCCAAAUGUUGUGAAGCUUUCCGGCAACUUGUCGUUGCAUUGAGAGAGAAGAACAGUCAUGGUUCCAUCAAGAUAAUUACAUAUAGAGCAACAGGCAGGACUGUAGACCACAUUAACCCUGGCUUGGCUUUGUAUGGGAUGGUAAGAUCCUGCAUUCUUGAAGUUCCUGAAAUCACAUUUCAGAUUAUUGAUAUGGGUUCAACAAGUACAAUGGACAUAGCAGUUUUAGCAGAUGUUUUAGUAGAAUAUGAAGCAGAUAAAUAUGCUGAAGUCUGGAUUAAUCAGGGGAGAAUUUACACUUCUGAAAUUAGAUGUACACAGGUUAAUGACAAGUCCUAUAAUGAUCCUUCUCAGUCUCUUCAAGAAUCUGAGCUGUCAACUUUUUACACUUCUGAGCCUCAUGAAGUAAGAAAUCUAUUUGCUGAGCCAGCUGACCACAUUGAGAUUUCUCCUGAUAAUCACAAUGUUGAAGUGCAAGUUGAGAAAAUAAGUAUCCAUUCUGAAGACUAUUAUCCUGUUAGUGUUUCCAGCUGUAACUUUGGAAACACAUUAUACUGGAAUUCACAGACCAUUGAUAAAUACAGGUUCUUGGCUCUGGACUACAGUGGAACGGUGGUUGCAACAGGCAGUGAUGUAAAAAAGAUCAAAGUGGGAGAUCAUAUUGUUUCAUGCUACCCAGUGGCUGCAUCUUCAAGAAUCAGGAUUCCAGAAGCAGUGUGUUUCAAAACCCAGAAAUUUCCAUGUUUUCAAACUGUACCCUGUGUCUCCUUCUUCAGGAUAGGAUGGGAAAUUUUGCACCAGAUGUUACCAAAGAUGAAACAGAAUAGAUUUUUAGGCAUUAUUUCUGAUGAACCACAAUCGGUUUUGUGUAAAGUGCUUGCUUUGUCAGCUCAGGAACAGGGCUGGAACACCUUAUGUACAGCACUUGACAGCAGCCUGGAAAAAAGAGUAGCUCAAUGCAACGCCCUUGUCUUUCUGCCCUUCCUAGAAAGAUUACCCAAAGACGUCUUAGCCCGUCUUUCACAUCUUCAGGAUGUUGUGGUAAUCGAUGGCAACCACCAUUCUGAACACUUGCGAUCUCUAAUUGGAAGCGGUCAUGAAAACUUUCAAAUUCAUAUUCUCAGUCUUGCAACCAUUUUUCAGAAAUCAUCGCUGAAACAUUCCCACAAGCCUUUCAGUGACUGGUUGAAAUCAAUGCAACGCAGGCAAUUCAAGGACUUGCCUUGUUCCGUUUUUCAGCCGACAGAAAACAGUGAGAGCAUAGACACGAUAACAUCCUACUUUACCUGUAAGGCUGUCUCAUUUGCUGUGCUGAAAAACAAUGGGCAGAACAGGUGUAUUUCUGACAUACCAGUGCAUGAAGCAAAGCGGAAGAUGUUUAAGCAGAAUGCUGUUUACAUAGUCAUAGGAGGACUCACUGGGCUUGGCUAUGAAACUGUUAGAUUUAUUGCUCAAAAUGGAGGAGGAUGCAUCGUGAUCCUUUCAAGGAGAAAGCCCAGCACUGAAAAACAGAAGGAAAUAAGUGAUUUGCAGAUUCAGAACAAGUGGAGCAAGGUCAUCAGUCUGCAGUGCAAUGUGACUUUUUGGCCUGAGGUUGAGAAAGCAAUCAGUUCAAUCAGCAAAAUCUUUCCAAAGUGUCCAAUCAAAGGUGUUUUCCACGGUGCUGUGGUUUUGCAUGAUGGGCGCAUUGAAAAUAUGACGCUCACUAGCUUUGAGAAAGUUUUAAGCCCAAAGGUUGCUGGUGCCAUCAAUCUGCACCACGCCACUCAGGGACAGGCUCUUGAUUAUUUUGUAUGUUAUUCAUCUGUUGCUUCCUUCCUUGGAAAUUCAUUGCAAGCAAACUAUGCUGCUGCCAAUUCCUUCCUGGACCUUUUCUGCCAAUUCAGAAGAAACUGUGGACUGUCGGGACAAUCCAUCAACUGGGGUGCCUUGAAUCUGGGACUACUGGAUGGUAAAAAUCAACUUCAAAAAUUGGUGGAAUCAAAGGGUAUAUCAAUUCUGCAAGUGGAUGAGAUCCAUGAGAAUCUUAAAACAAGCUUAACUCUGAACCACCCUCAGCAAGCUGCCGUGAAGCUGAACUUCAAAACAAUGCUCAACACUUACUAUCGUCAAGUUCCAGCAAUCAAAAGUCGCCUGCAUACAAUUAUGAUAGAACAUUUUGGCAGUCAGGCUGAGCUUUUUGAACAAGCCAUCUCCAAGGAUUUGGCUGCACUAAACAUUGAAGACUAUAUCAUAUCAUUGGUGAGUCAGCUCAUUAGUACAGAUCCAAGUGACAUUGCAAUGAAUACACCCCUCUUGUCCCUUGGCAUAGAUUCCAUGUUGGCCAUGACUCUGCGCAAUCUCAUUUAUAUAGAACAUAAGGUUGAUAUACCACUUGUGAAAAUUCUUGAUCCUCAUAGCACAGUGCUUAGUUUAGCACUGCUUUUAGAAGAAUGUUCUAAGGAACCUGGGGAACCUACUGUAUGUACUUGAGUAUAAGCUGACCCGAAUAUAAGCCGAGGCACCAAAUUUUAGCACAAAAAACUGGGAAAACUUAUUGACUUGAGUAUAAGCCGGUUCACCACACCACAAACCUGGUGGCGGCAGCAGCGGAGGAAGAAAGGGCUGCUUUCUGGCUGCUCGUUCCUCCUCCGCCGCCUCUGCCAAGAGCCUCCCUAUAAAACAAAAAGAAGAUCUUAUUAUGGAAAAACUAAUACUGAACCAUCUUCAAUAAAAGCAUCCUGGGCCGCUCGUCCUUCUGCCACCGCCUUUGCCGCUCGCAAGAGCAGGCAUAGGAGCCGCGGUUGGGAGAGGCAUAGCACAGCUCCUGUGCCUGCCCUUGCGAGACAUGGGCGGCGGCGGCAGGACUAGCGGCGAGAAAGGGCUCCUUUCGGGCCGCUCAUCCCUCCGCCACUCCUGCCUCACUCAAGUAUAAACCGAGAGGGGCUUUUCCAGCAUAAAAAUAUGUGCUGAAAAAGUUGGCUUAUACUCGAGUAUAUACGGUAAGUGAUUCCUGAGGGGAAAAUGAACUGUGAAGUAGUAACCUGAAAUAUCUUUUCCUAGCUUCAGUGUUGAUUUUAUUUGCAUCAUUUAAAAAAAUAAAAUCUAAUUUUUCUAUUAAUAGUGACCCUCAACAAGAACCAUAAUUUGGAUUAACUAAAUAGAUGUAAUUAUAGUCUUAGUUAGUGCCAGCUGCUAUUUUACCACAAUCAUUUAAAUCUGCUGACAGUUAAGCUUUUCAUGUGAGGACUUAUCCAUACUUACCUUGUGACCCACUCUUUCCAGACACAGGUUCGUGCUUUAAAGCUCUGUCUCCAAGCAUGUGUGGUUUUUGCCCUGGAGCUUUCCCUGCAAAAAUCCACUCUUUAGCUCUCAGUCGGUGCACAUGUCAAUUCAGGCUUUCAGUGGGUUGAAGUUUGCUCUGAUUGAGUGCUAAAAUGCAGGUUUUCAUGGGGAAAGCUCCACAGUAAAAAAAUAAAGGGGUGCUGGGACAUGGAGCUUUAAAGUACAGCAUGGAAAGAGCAGAGGAAAGGUUGAUAAGCCCAGAGAGUCCUGAAACAGCUUACUCUGAACCAUUUUGGGGCAUUCUUGGUUUGCCCUUCCUAAUGUUUUAGCAUGCUUAAGACAAGUAAAGUGGUUUACGGGGAUCACUUGCCCUUUAUGAAAGGGUGCAGAGGCUGAGCUUGAAUUUGAACAUUAAACACAGGAUUUUAAAAUGAAUGUAAAAUGUGUUUCUGAUUUUUUUUUAAUCUAUGAGUCAUUUGCUCCACUACAGUAUGUUUUGUAUGUUUAUCUUCUCCCUUUUGAAAACUGAUCAAGGAAAUUCAAACAACCAUUACAAUACAUAGCAUUUUUCACUGUGAGCUCACAGUUUCCAAGGGAGAUACGACAUAGUGCUUUGCUUCUGCCUCUCCUGGGUCUUUUAAAAAGUGAACUGAGCAAAGGGCUGUAUUUGGAGUUCAGUCCUCACUGCCAUUGGCUGCCUUCAUUCCCAGGUCUGUAUGCAGUAUAAUUAACAUUACACUUUAUAUUUUGCAGACUUUGGAGGUUAGUUAAGUACCAUAUUAGUUAACUUUGCAUAUCAUGUUUAAAAUUGUGAAGUUCAUAUUCCCCCCCCCUAUUUUUAAUAUGGAAGAUGUUUUUACCUUCAUUACUACUUUGUACUUGCAUAUUUUAUAAUUUUAUGCUAUACAGCGAAGUCAUUUUGCUUUAUUACUACUUUGUAUCAA